UUUUGUCUUGCGGUUGCCACUAACGACGCUUCCGCCAACUUGCCGCGCCUUCGACAUCAUCUCGCGAAAGGAGGAGAAAACGCGGCACAACCCCGCUCUUCAAUUGCGAGUUGUCUGUGUCUACUCCCUAGGAGAUCCAUACGGACCGCUCUCCUGCCUCAUACAAUGGAUCGCCGCACGUACGAGGGACUGAUGGACUGGGAGUAUCAGUCACAACCCCCUGUGGAUCACUCGAGUCCAUUCGCAAAAUUCUCGCAGAAGCAGCCGACGUCAACCUUCAGUUCGCCGACGAAACAGCAAUCGUCCAAUCCCAACCCCUUCGCUACUGAGGGCACUCUCAAUGGCUCGCCUUCCAGAUCACAAGCUGAACCGCGACCACCGCACACCUCACUAUUCAACCCUCAAAUACAGCUUAAGCCAUCGGCGCCAGCAUUCAGAAACCCCGCAUUCACCACACCUCAGAAACGUUUCGAUGAACUUGUGGCUCCGGAUUACUCUCCGGCGGACUCGAGUCCCUCUAUGACAGAUACGUCAGUGAUGCCAGCAGAUACCCCAGAGUUCGAUCGAGAAGAGGAUUUCAGGAAGCCCCUCGUCACGCCAUCCACCGGAAAGACGCUGUUCAGCAAAACGUUGCUUCGGAAUCACGCGUCUGGACGGGGAGAGAUUCCAAGAGUCAGCCGAGACAAGGUCAGGAAACGGAAGAGGCUGAACGGCGACAGGGAUGUUGGCAGCGUUCGGCCCCGCCUAGCGCACGACUCUGACGAGUCGGACUCCGAAUUCGAAGAUGGACAGGGCACCGGGGCCAAAGGAAGUAAACGGGGCAAAGAAGCUCCGCGGGGCUGGUUCAGCAGUUUUCUGUCCUCCAUCAGCGACCACCCGAGCGCGCCAGCAAUACUCUCGAAGUGGUUGCAGCUCGGCGUCAACCUUAUCCUGACCAGCCUCGUGCUUUGGGCCAUAUUCUACGUCCUCCUCCAGAUUCGGUCUGACCUGCAUCAUGCAAACGAAAAAGCCCGGGCCGCGCUCGCCAACGAGAAGUCGAUCUGCUCCGAAAACUACAUCAAAAACCGCUGCGAGCCGAGAAGAAACCGGGCGCCCGCUCUGGACGGGCCCUGCAACGAAUGGGCAGCAUGCAUGGACCAGGAUGAAUCGGCUAUCAUGCAGGUCCAGAUCUCAGUAAGGAAUGUUGCGGAGAUCAUUAAUGAGUUCGUUGGUGUCUUGACGUUCAAGACCUGGGGAUUCCUUAUAUCGGUGUUCCUAGCCGUUGUCUUCGCUAAUAAUGUCGGGUUUGCCUUCCUACGCGAAUCCGCGUUGCAGCAACCCCCAAAGCCGGUGGAACCCUUGCACCCUCCGCCAGUGGUGCCGCCUAUGCUGGGGUCUGCAGCAGCACACAAUCCCCAGCAGGCCUAUAUCUGGGCGCCGCUCAGCCAGACACCAAGGCAUAUCCGGAAGAGCUACUUUGUCAACGACGCCACCGACUCGGAGGCAUCACCGGAUUUCAAAAUGAUCCUGCCCCCGCAGACACCGUCAGGCAGGAGGAGCCCUAGCAAGGGGGAUAGGGGGCGAAGUCCCUCAAAGGGCACGCGGGUACGGAGCCCGAGCAAGGGGUACUAGACCGGUGUGGACUACUGCCGGUGCACUUUUUCCGCCGGAGUUUUGUAUUCUACCUAUGUAUAUUGUACUUUACAUUCUGAAUCGUCUUUGUCCUGGGAAGUUUGGGGGUUGGACUGGUAUUUGGCAGCACAUCCUUGGUUCGUGAACAUGGGAUUGUUCCGUGGCUCUGCAACGGCGCGGUGAUGUUUAAUCUGGGUUAUCUUCAUCUAACACGAACACUACUACAUUGGUGGCUAGAUCUUCUGGUUAUGUUCUCUUGCUCGGUACAUCUGGACCUUGCAAUCUCACUUCACUAUGCUAUCCCUUCACUUGAAUUUUAAUAACCAACCACGUGUGAAAGCUUGUCCAGCCAUGAAUAGCCAUUUCUUAGCAGUGGAUAUCUAGUUCUUGCGACACGGUUUAAUUAAGGACAAAAUC